AUGUGACGUUGUCGUACCGGAUUGGAGCGUGGCGUUCGUGAAAUAUACACACAUCGCCUAGAAGAGAGACGUUGAACAUUUUCAACGAGUCUAUUUAACUAAAUUCCUUGUGAUUUUUUUGAAGAUUUUUUUUUCUCGCCAGGACAAGCACAUUUAAAGUGUGAUCAUUGCCUUUGUAACUAUUACUCGGUGUUUUGUUUUCCAUUUUUCCGAUAGCUUUUGUGUCUUAGAACGAACGCCAGCUACUCAACCAGCUGAGCUAGCUAUCAGCAUAGCUAGCUAACUAAUAACUUGGUCACCGAACUCAGCUCAUACAUCAGGCAUUUGUCAAACGGACUCAUCUAACGACACCGUGGCACUAAGCUCUGGCAACUGAUUAGAUUUUAAGUGAUACGGUGCCACUAAAGAGAACCUACUGGCCAUGUUUGACAACCUGGACAGAGCUAGUUAUCUUCUGAAAAUCUAGCUUAGUGUGCUGGCUAGAUAGCUAACGACCUAGCUUUUAAACCGUUUGAGCCUGGCUACAAACACGAGUCAGUAAUCGCCACCUGUCAAGAGCCCAACAUGGACUUUGAAAAUGUACUGUCGAUGGCCUCCCAAAACCAGGGCCUCAGCAGCGUACCAAAGCGGUACAGCUUACAAACUGGACCACCGAAAAAGGAUCCCAAAGUAAAAGGCGUGAAUUCAGCUGCUGUGCAGGCGUUCUUGAAAAAACAAGAGCAGGAGAGCAGAAAGAAAGAUCUGCAGAUGAAGAAAAAGAAGGAUGUGCUCUUAGCCAAAAGGGUUGAGUUGAAGUCAGACCGCAAAGCCCGUGCCAUGGCCUCUCGAACCAAGGACAACUUCCGAGGCUACAACGGUGUACCCAUAUUGGAGGAACCUAAAAAGAGGAGGUCGAAGGGGGAGAUGGGAGACAAUCAGCGGAGGGGGGACACUUACGACGAGGACAACUAUGAAUAUGAACAGACUGACUCUGAGUCUGAACCAGAGCCUGACCCGGUACCACAGAGGCCCAACAAAGCACCCAGCAAGCCCUCCAAGAAUCCCAGUGCUGGACCACCCAAGGGCGCCCCUCCACCCAUGAACUUUGCACAGCUGCUCAAACUAGCUGAGAAGAAACAGUUUGAGCCAGUAGAGGUAAAGGCCAAACAAAUAAAUAAGAACGAGGAGAGACUUAGGACGGCGGAGGAGAUUAGAGAGCUGGAGAUGGAGCGCAAAGUUAAGAAGCAGGACAAAGGUAGAGAUUCAAGGCCUCAGGAGAGAGACGGCAGAUCCCAAGCCAGCUCGAGCUCUUCUAGAAAGAGCUCCUCUGAUAAGGACUUGGGAAGGACUGGCAAGCCGCACAAGAGCUCCUCAGAGAGGCCCGUUCCCAGUGGGUCAGGGAGGAACCCAAAGCUUCCCUCGUCAAGCGAGAGAAGCCACAGUUCUGCCAGAUCGUCUCAAGGAGAUCGAGACAGAACUCGAGACAAAGACAGGGACAGAGAGAGAGAGAGACCCAAAUCUGCUACUAGCUCGUCUAGCUCUAAAGGUGCCUUAAGCAGCAAAGCCUCCUACAAGGGAGGAUCCUCUCAGGUGUCAGCCAAACCACCAGCAUCUAGGCCCUCAUCAAGCCAUAGACCCCCAGCCACAAGUGACCUUAAUCCCAAGAAAGGGAACCCCUCACUACCUCAAGGAAGGCCCAUUAGCUCAGGGUCUCGACCGCUUGGCACGUCGGGCAUGGGCCAAAGGCAACAGCAGGGUAGCUCUGGGCAAGUUAGAUCUAACCAGGGCAGCUCAGUUCGGGGUGGACCUACUGGAGGACCCCCCAGGCCAGGAAAGGGAGGACCAGCAAGACCUGGAGGUAGCUCUUCGGUCAAACAGGGCAGUAACGGACAAGUAGUAGGGCCUGGAGUUAACUCCUCAGUGAGACAAGGGAGCAGUGGACAACUAGCAAGGCCAGGAAGCAACUCUAUGGUCAAACAGGGCAGUAAUGGACAACUAGCAAGGCCUGGAGGUAACUCUUUGGUCAAACAGGGGAGUAAUGGACAGAUGAGACCCACAUCCGGUGGCCCUCCCAGACCAGGAGGACCUCGUCAGGCUAGACAAGGUGGGGGUAGCGUCCAGGGUAGACCAGGGGGAGGUGGCAUCAGACCCUCGGGUAGUGGACCUGGGGGUGGGGGGCCAGUCCCUGGCCGGCCAGCUAGCAGUAUGGGCUCUGGACCUGGUAAACCCAAGUGUACCAUGGUGGUUGAGACCAUCUCAUCCAAGAACUUCGGUGGACCCAGGCCAGGAGUGCCACCACGGCCAGGAAUGCCCGCCAGACCUGGGAUGCAACCGCGACCUGGGAUGAGACCUCCAGGCACCAUGCUCCCACCAAUCACUUCCAGCUACAAGAGGAAGUAUGAAGAUGAGGAAGAUGAGUAUGACUCAGAGAUGGACGACUUUAUCGAUAACGAAGGAGAUGGGCAAGAUGAAAUCUCCCAACACAUCAGGGAAAUCUUUGGCUAUGACCGGACCAAAUACAAAGAGGAGAGUGACUAUGCAUUGAAGUUUAUGGAGAGCAGCUGGAGAGACCAGCAGAAAGAGGAGGCUAGAAGUUUACGUUUGGGUAUCGAGGAGGAUGAGAAGGAGCUGCGCUUGGAAGAAGAAGAGAUGAAAAGAAAAAUGACUGCCAAACGGAAAAAAGUGUAAAGACAUGAACACUGUAAACUUGCAGUAUAAGAGAUGGGGAUGCAGUCAGACCAGGUGCAUGGUUGCCUCUGUUACAAUAUUUAUUUAGUCCCCUUGGAGAAGGGGUUUGCACUACGAAGAGAAUUCCUCUUUUUUCAAAGAAUUUAAUAUAUUGUGGAACAGACCAUGGCCUAGAUUUUUGAAAGAAAAAUCAAUCGUGCAAAGUAAAAUGUUGAUCACUUGUCACAUUGAGAAGAGCAACCAUGUCAUAUGUCAAAUACAAAACGGCGACCAACGCUCUAUUUUUAUCGAUUCUUAUUUAAUUUCAUGAUGGACAAGUGAUAUUGCCAUUAGAAGAUGUGCUUGUUCUUUUAAACAAAUUUGACAAAAGUUGUCUAAU